AUGGGAGAAGACCAUUUCAGGCAAAUAGACAAUCUUUCGCGACCAGAGACCGCUAUUUUUAGUGUUGUACGAACCUUCGAACACGAUAACAUAAAUGAGCUAAUGAUUGGUCAACAUGGCGAGCAGAUAAAAUCUCUGAAGGAGAAAAUCGAAGAGAAGAAUGAGGAGAUAUCGCGUUUAGAGAAAGCAAUGAAAGAACUGGAGGACAAAAACAAGAAGUUGGACAUUGCCUUGAAAACCAGAAUCGAAGAGAUUACAAAACUGAAGUCUCGAAUCCACAAACUAGAAACUGAGAAGAAAGGGUUAGAAGACAAGCUUAGAAAUGUCGAGGGAAAGCUUGACCGCGUCGAGAAGGAAGUAGAAGAGCUUGAAAAAGCCAACGUGGCCCACGAAGAAGAAAAUGCCAGUUUAAAGGAGCAUUUGGAAAUAAUAUCUGGUGAAGUGGAAAGCGUAAAGCAAGAUCUAGAGAAUAGCAGGCGUGAAAAUCACAAUUUGAAGAAAGAGGUAAAAGACCUUCAAGAUACGCAUCAAAAGCUAUUUUCGUUUGGUGUCAGAGAAGGCAGGCAAAUGUUGGCUCCUCCGCAACCAGAUCUACAGGCCUCUCUUCGCCUGGGCGAGUUGAGUCGGCAACUUCAAGCCAAGAUGUACGCGUAUGUCCUUCCACAGUUGUACACACCAAUUGCCAAUUACAAAGUAAAGACCAUUCGUCGCGACUUGGAAAGACUGCCGAAGACGGAGGAAGAAAAGGAAACAGCAAGGCAGAAAUGGGCUGAACUACAGAAAAAGCUUAACUGGAAUGACAUGUACGAGGAAGCACUGAAAUUACUCCAGGAUCACAGAAAUGUCGACGCACACCCAAAAAUAUCAGCCAAAUCACUUCAAGAAGCGGCAGACACGAUGGAGGCCAAAGGUAACCUCAAAGGAUGGAUCUCUAGAGAAUGUAUCGAUGUUUUGAUUGUUAUGUGGAAGCAACUACAGUCAGCAGAAUAG